GUCCUAGUUUUUUUUUUUAAGACCUUGAAAAGCCCAAAUAAUCUUGUGCGCAGAACAAGGCAGUCGCAGAAGUUCCUCGCUGGCGUCGUCUAUAAAUAGUCAAGUCUCUGCUGUAGCUUGACACCUGUCUUUUACAAUCACCUUCAGAAACGUAAACAACAUCUGACGCGACGUGCAGAGACCUCACAGAUAGUUCCUAAGAUCGACUGGCCAGCCUCCAGCGUGCAAACAAGGAUUGUGUGCAAGAAUCUUCUGGACAGACUUGAGGACCAGUAAACACUGGGUCGUUUAAACCACAGACGCAGUUCCUCUGCAGUGUGUAUUCUUGAAUGAGUGACCGAGUGUCCGGCAGUCUUUGGUAAUCUGUGAAGGGCACACAUGGCCCACACUUUGAGCGACCAUCAGAACCCUCUGCCUGUGGCCCAGGCCACUGUGCUGGCUCUGCCACCCACAAGCCAGACACAAGACUUGAGAACAAGAUGGACUGCCCUGGACUCCCUGCUGUGUGGGGCUUUUGCUGGGGCUGUAGCCAAAACUGUCAUCGCACCUCUGGAUCGCACCAAGAUCAUAUUCCAAGUGUCUUCAAACAGAUUCUCCGCUAAGGAGGCCUUCCGGCUCAUCUACUGCACUUACAUGAAGGAUGGGCUGCUCGGUCUGUGGAGGGGGAACUCUGCCACCAUGGUGAGGGUGAUGCCCUACGCUGCCAUCCAGUUCUGCUCACAUGAACAGUACAAAAAGCACCUGGGGGGCUACUACGGCUACCAGGGAAAAGCUCUGCCUCCUGUCCCUCGCCUGCUGGCAGGCUCUCUGGCCGGCACCACUGCUGCUAUGCUGACCUACCCUUUGGAUAUGGUGCGAGCCAGGAUGGCAGUCACAGCCAAAGAAAUGUACAGCAACAUCAUGCACGUCUUUGUGCGGAUAUCCCAGGAGGAAGGUGUGAGGACCCUUUACAGAGGCUUCACUCCCACUAUUCUGGGUGUCAUCCCAUAUGCAGGCAUCACUUUCUUCACAUAUGAGACCCUCAAGAAGCUUCACACAGAAAAAACAAAGCGUUCCCAUCCAUACCCGUACGAGCGCUUGGCUUUUGGUGCCUGUGCAGGCUUGAUUGGACAAUCUGCCUCCUACCCUCUGGACGUGGUGCGUCGGCGCAUGCAGACAGCAGGCGUUACAGGCUCAUCGUACGUUACUGUUCUGGGGACCAUGCGUGAGAUUAUAACCCGGGAGGGAGUUGUACAUGGACUAUACAAAGGCCUGAGCAUGAACUGGGUUAAAGGGCCCAUUGCUGUUGGGAUCAGCUUCACUACAUUCGACAUCACGCACAGCCUUCUGUUCAAACUGCACCAGAUGAGCUACUUCACGCACUGAAUCAUGGGAGUGACAACGGGACAGAAACGCACAGAUGAGACUGAUGUGAACGUGAUGGUGAAUAUUGUGACAUGGCAAUGAGAAGUGUUUGCACUCGGUCAGCGCAGGAUCCUUACCUGAACCCCCCUGUUCACUCAAAACAGGAUAUCAGAGAGCUAGGUGAGUUGACAGGAUUUUUGUACAAGAUAACCCACUAUCUCUUGCUUUGUAAAUGCACAUCCAGUUUUCACUAUGUGAGAGAGUGUGGAGACGAAAAAUUGAGUCUAAAUUGUUGUUCACACAUUCAUAACUUUUUUUUUUUUUUAAUCAUGACCCCGUCAUGGUGUCUAAAGUGAUCACGACAGACUGUUUGUUGAUAAGAUUAUUCUUGCACUUUAUUAGACCUGCAAUGCUCUUUCAGCUUGAUCUUGUAUUCACAGAGAUAGCUUGUUUUUAACAAAUAUUAUUGCUCUUAAUUUUUGGGGGGGGGUUAUUUUUGUGGAAUCAUUGCUUUUGCUCAUGCAGGGGUAUGGUUGGUACUGAACAGGUGAUUUUGCAAUUUGUUUGGUUUUUCAUUUUCAAUUUUGAUGAUGGUGCCAAUGUUGAUUGAACUGAAAUGGAUGGUGUGAAUGAUUGUCCAGAAAGAGGUGGAUCAUGUCAGCAGGACUGCACAUUGUCAUUGUCCAUCCAGCACCGAGAAGGUGUCCAACAGUAUUAAGAUGUCUAAUAACUGGAAUCUAAUGAUAUAUAUGGGAAAUAAAUAUAGAUAUAAAUAUGUUUGGUUUAUAUGCAUAUCGUCAAAAUUUCAAUUUAUUUUUGAAAAAUUUCUCAGUGUUGUGCAGAAUAAAUCAUUGCUCUGACUUGACUGUUAUACUUGUUUACUUUAAAAAUCGAAAUAAACCAAAGCACUUAUCGCAGUCAUACGUUUCAUGUGAACAAGGAAUCAUUAUCCUUUCAGAGAUCAUGUGCAUAUCUGAGUAACAUCAUUUCCAAAGAUGUACGUUUACAGUUGUAUUAAGCACAAAUGCAAUAAAGUGUCCAUCCAACAUCUA